CGCCAUCUUUGCCGCUCCUUGAGCGGGCAGGUUGCCUGUGGGCCUCAAAGAACACUUCAUCUACUCGAAUGAUUGCCCUCCCCUCCUUUAAUGCUGGAAGAAUAUUCAUUUCCUCUGAAACCGUGGGAAUAACGUCGGAGCACACCGCUUCAAAUUGCAGGCAUCAUGAGCACCUUCCGACACCGCCGUCGCAAAUCCGUGCUUGUUCCAGUCAACCCCAAUGUGUAUUCCAACCAACGACGAGGAUCAGAAGUGUCCUACAUGCCCAAGUCGAGCUUGGCGAAGGUUAAACCGACGGUCAUGGCGCGAUACUCGUCCGACUUGCUUAAAGUCGUCGAAGGGGGGUCGUCCGCGUUCUACUCGGUGCACUUCGAAUUCGCGACGUCUCCCACACAUCCCAUCAUUGUCUCGCCCAUGACGUCCGCACACACGCUGCGUAUCUAUCCCUCUGUGAUCAAGUUCAACCCGGACAACGCGCACAUCCCGCAGUUCUUUCGCGUGAGCGUUCUCCAUGAGACCGACGACGACACGAUGGCGCCCAUGACGCUCGAGCACUCGGUCCAGAGCAUCGACGCAUCGUUCUGCGGCCAAGCAGUCCAACACAUGCCGAAAACCUUGACGGUCAAGAUCUUCCACGGUGGCGGCAAGUACCUCAUGUCGACGGGCGACGCAACGUACGGCAAUCUCGGGCAAAACACAUUCGAUCCGAAGUACGAGUUUGGCGACGUGAGCUUCCGCCACCUGUACGUGAGCGGGCGCAAGUCGUCGGUGUCUGGGUUCGGGAAAACCGGAUCGGCGCGGUCCACGUCUCUGUGCGAGAGCGUCCACGUGACCAUGCUCAGUGAUAUCGCAUGCGGCAGCCAUCACGCGAUGGUGGUCGACGCGAACGGCCGGCUCUUUGCCUUCGGGGAUUCGAGUCGGGGCCAGUUGGGACUCGGCACGCUGCGGCCAGUGGCGAAACCAGAAGUUUGGAACGGCAUCGACAUUGACGGUCGAUUGCACUCGAAGCUCAUGGACGUUGCGUGCGGCGCGGCGCAUACUGUUGUCAUCACGGACGACGGCGAAUUGCUGACGUGGGGUGACAACGACAGCGGGCAACUCGGGGUGCCACCAAAGCAAGUCCAGUCCCUGGUGCUGCCCAAAUUAUUGCCAUGGCCGCUGGGCCAUAAAGUCAUCCACAUGGCGUGUGGGCUCAAGCACACUCUGGCGUUGUUGGACACGGGAGCGGUGGUGUCUUGGGGUUAUGGCAAGUCGGGUGCUCUUGGCCAUGGGAACCGAGAAAACGUGGACAGCCCAAGGGAAGUCUUGUCGUUGCGUGGAAUGUCUGUAUUUCAGGUGGCUUGUGGCGACAUGCACUCGGCAGUGGUGCUCAAUUCUGGCGAGCUGAUCACGGCAGGGUGGAGCGAAAACGGCCGCCUCGGUCGCGUCAAGUCACUGGACGUGUGCGGGUGCACAUUUGAACGGGUCGACCUAAAGGGCAAGCUGUGCAGUUGGGUGGCGUGCGGCGGGGCCCAUACGAUGUGCCUGACUGACCAGUACGAAGUGUUUGCAUUUGGAGCCAACACGUUUGGGCAACUCGGAGUGGGCGACUGCCGCGAUCGCGCGUACCCUGUCGAGGUUGUCUUCUUUCGCAAUGUUCGUGUUCACCACGUCGUCCUGGGCAAGUUUCACUCGAUGGCCAUCUCGGACGACCGGCUGCUGUAUGCGUGGGGGAACGGGGAGCAGGGGCAGUGCGGCCUUGGUGCAUUUCCCCACAUUUACAUGUUGCCGCAUUUGGUGACAUCGAUUCUGGGAUGUCCUGUCUUUCAGGUCGCCGCGGGAGACGCAUUCACACUGAUUUUGACGAGCAAUACGCCGGCAUCGGUGAAGGAGCUGGCUGGACGAGAUGAGCAUUGGCGACUGCGACAGCAGCACCUCAUCACGACCGACAAAGCCCACCGUGAAGCCGUCCAAAAGAACUUGGAGAAUAAGUCGCAGGAAAAAUUCCACGCUACCUUGCACGCGAACAAUUCGUUCCUGGCAGUGCUCCAGAAACUGCACCAGUCGUCCAACUUGGCGCUUGCGAACGGCGCUAUCAAACUGACGGCACCACCAUCCCCCGACACAAUCGCGGCGGCUGUCAUGCGGUCGGGGCUUUGCCGCCAGCGGAGUCUAGAAAAACUGCAAUUUGUCGUGGACGCAUCGACGCUGGCACAAGUCCACGAUAGGAUUCACUCGCCUUGUCCAAGCUUCGCGACUUCCGUUGGCAACCAUCAUGUCCACAAGACCUCAACCCAUGAUCACGUUCGCACCACCAAGAGCAUCUUAGCUCAAUCGCCUAGCCUUCAACGGGCCCUCAAGUCGGCCGCCUCACUCCAGCGCCCACGCAGUGGCCUUGCAGCCUGUGUCGGCUCGCCUCGCCGCCCCCAGCAAACGAUCCAAGUCAUUGCAACCGCCACGCCAUCCACGCCGGCCGCGACGUCUCCAACUGUUAAACCGCAAUGGCUUCUCCAGCAAAGGCAGGUAACGAGGCUGCGGCUCGCGUCCCAGCGUCCUCGUACGCCUCCACCCACCUACACCACCGUCGACGAGCCCGAGUCCAACAAUGUCUCCGAGGUUCUUGAGCAGCGUAUCCGCCCGCCAUCGCCUCCUCCAGACUACAACGCGAGUGUCGUGGCGCUGCUCGGGCUGCAAUGCAUCCAGCCCGCGUUAUGAGGGAUGGAGGCGCAUCCCACGAAGUAAAAUGAGAGAAACUUUGGCA